CAUCGUUGCGCGUCAAAACAUUGCGUCUCGUCUGUGCACGAUUCUGCAGCUCCCCCCGGAGACCAGAAGACGCUUUUCAAUUGUUUGUUUUUCGCCCGUGGAAAGGAAAACAAGCCCACCGACGCUCGAAAUUGGCACCGCCACGAAGAAAACGAGGAGCUGCGACAUUUUCCAGGCUUCACGGAGGUCCCCCCCCCCCCGCGCGCGCCCCCCCGUUUUUUCUCCCCCUCAAAGGUGUUUGCCUCCCGACCCACCGCCCACCACGGCCCUCACCUGCGUGUUGCGGUGCUUCCCUUGUGAGCCCACCUGGGCCGGCAGCCCCUUCUUGCACCGCCCGCCGACCCCGCCCAUGGUCAGAAUGACGCGCUCCAAGACCUUCCAGGCCUACCUGCCGAGCUGCCACCGGACGUACAGCUGCAUCCACUGCCGGGCCCACCUAGCGAACCACGACGAGCUCAUCUCCAAGUCGUUCCAGGGCAGCCAGGGCAGAGCCUACCUGUUCAACUCCGUGGUGAACGUGGGGUGCGGCCCCGCCGAGGAGCGAGUCCUGCUCACCGGCCUGCACGCCGUCGCCGACAUCUACUGCGAGAACUGCAAGACCACCCUGGGCUGGAAAUACGAACAUGCCUUCGAGAGCAGUCAGAAGUAUAAAGAGGGCAAGUUCAUCAUCGAGCUGGCCCACAUGAUAAAGGACAACGGCUGGGACUGAGCCCACCGGGACGCGACCACAGCGGAAGGGGGUGGGGGGAUUCUGGGGGGGGGGGGGUCGUAGCGGGUGAGUGUGUGACUUUGGUUUGGCUGAUUUACCAUUAACCUCUGUAAGUCCCUGCCCAUCCCUCGCCUACAACGAAAGCCUCUUGCACGCGCACGCCGACGCUCACAACGUGACACACGCGUCGGGCUCGCCCGCAUCCGAGCUGCCAGUCGCGGCAGAUGAGACGCGAGGUCUCCUCCCACCCCCCCCCCCACCGAAACCCGAUCCCGUAUCCGGACAAUGUUCGCGCGGCACUCGGGGCGUGCGCUCGUGUUAAAAACCAGCUCAGAGGAAAACGCUUCCAGCGGUCUGCCUCGCUUGUCUAUUCUGUCCCCCCCCCCCCCCCCCAGGCCACAGCCAUCCCACCCCACCCCCAACACUGCUGUAGAUAGCGAUGACCUAUGAUGAUUAUAGCAAAUCGACAUGAUUGGGGCGGUGCCAGCUGGGCCAGUGAUGAGGCUUGGCACGGAGGUCCGAGCGGGGAUUGACGCUCGACGUGAAGAGGGAGGGCGAGGGAAACGUGGUGUUCCGCUAAUGCGGCGGCGGCGGCUUCUGGCCGGGACCUGCUCGGGCUCAGGGGGGGGGCGCUUUGAAAGAGAUCGAGCCCAAUUGUCGUCAGCUCCUCUUUUAAACUUUGCUGUUUUGGGUUCGGAAAGGCCUCUCGAGCGGGGUCCCCGAACUUAUCCCGUCGGGCUGAAAGACGAGAAUGCGCUCCAAAACGGUGACCGCCGCCGACGACUACUUUAGAUUUUUGAAAAAUGGCCAAAGUAUGACUCGUUUCUUGGGUUUCUAGCGUUCAGGAUCCAUCCCACGCCCGCGUCGGAGUGGACCGCGUAAGCUAACGAUUCACAUAGCUGCGUGCCGUGCGCGUUUUCACGUUCUAGCAAAUGACACGGCUUUGAAUUCCCAGGACAACUACAAUGCGACGGUGUAGUAUCCAAGUCCAAUUUUAAUACCAUGCUCCCUUUUUUUGGCCCGAGCGGGGAUUGACGCUCGACGUGAAGAGGGAGGGCGAGGGAAACGUGGUGUUCCGCUAAUGCGGCGGCGGCGGCUUCUGGCCGGGACCUGCUCGGGCUCAGGGGGGGGGGCGCUUUGAAAGAGAUCGAGCCCAAUUGUCGUCAGCUCCUCUUUUAAACUUUGCUGUUUUGGGUUCGGAAAGGCCUCUCGAGCGGGGUCCCCGAACUUAUCCCGUCGGGCUGAAAGACGAGAAUGCGCUCCGAAACGGUGACCGCCGCCGACGACUACUUUAGAUUUUUGAGAAAUGGCCAAAGUAUGACUCGUUUCUUGGGUUUCUAGCGUUCAGGAUCCAUCCCACGCCCGCGUCGGAGUGGACCGCGUAAGCUAACGAUUCACAUAGCUGCGUGCCGUGCGCGUUUUCACGUUCUAGCAAAUGACGCGGCUUUGAAUUCCCAGGACAACUACAAUGCGACGGUGUAGUAUCCAAGUCCAAUUUUAAUACCAUGCUCCCUUUUUUUGGCCCGAGCGGGGAUUGACGCUCGACGUGAAGAGGGAGGGCGAAGGAAACGUGGUGUUCCGCUAAUGCGGCGGCGGCGGCUUCUGGCCGGGACCUGCUCGGGCUCAGGGGGGGGGGCGCUUUGAAAGAGAUCGAGCCCAAUUGUCGUCAGCUCCUCUUUUAAACUUUGCUGUUUUGGGUUCGGAAAGGCCUCUCGAGCGGGGUCCCCGAACUUAUCCCGUCGGGCUGAAAGACGAGAAUGCGCUCCGAAACGGUGACCGCCGCCGACGACUACUUUAGACUUUUGAGAAAUGGCCAAAGUAUGACUCGUUUCUUGGGUUUCUAGCGUUCAGGAUCCAUCCCACGCCCGCGUCGGAGUGGACCGCGUAAGCUAACGAUUCACAUAGCUGCGUGCCGUGCGCGUUUUCACGUUCUAGCAAAUGACGCGGCUUUGAAUUCCCAGGACAACUACAAUGCGACGGCGUGAUAUCCUAGUCCAGUUUUAAUACCGUGCUCCCUUUUUUUGUCCCGUUCUGGGUGACAUUUACACGUGUUCUACCGAAUUAAAGUUCUCUCACCCUGAACCGGUCCGAACGUUCCAUAGCGACCCACGCCUAGCUUGUUGUUGUUUGUUUUCCUUUUCUACUUCUGUCCUUCCCCAUUAUUCAAUACUCCAAGCCCGCAGGAGGAGGCUCCUCUGGACCCCCACCCGCCCCCGCCCCACUCCGGUGGGAAUGCGUUUUUUCGAACGAGAGAAUCCAUUAGACUUUUCCAGCUCGCGGACCGCACCGCAAAUAUACAGUAUGCAUGAGCUAAAGUGCCGGCUGGCUUCGGGUCUCGCGCUCCCCCCCGCCCUCCCCCGCCCCAAGCUCGGAGGGGUUUUUCCGUCAACGGCACAACUUCUGAUCCAGAACGCCGCCGAUGUAAAUACGACCCGGACGUAGGGCGGCGGAAUGUCUCACCUUCCCGAGCUUCUGUCGGAACUCGUUCCGACCUGUCCAGUUAGCAGCGCUAUUAAAAAAAAAAAAAAAAAAAAAAAAAACAAAUCAUAUUCAAAACCAUCUCAACCAAAGAAAGCGCCCGUCGACGUGAACCCGUCGCGAUUCCAUUUUGCCCGGGCGAACUUGCGCAAAACGAGGGUGCGUUUAGCUGAAAGCCAAGGCUGUGGAUAAUACGCGGAUGUCAUCUAUAUUUGGCAUCUUUUUUUUUAUUUUGUAAAACGACAGAUCUUAAUAUAUGAAUAUAUUGCAUUUACCGAGGAAUCGCGUAGGCGUUGGCCUCCCGCGUUAACUGAAUGUAAAUAAUGUUGUUGUCCCCCCCCCCCCCCACCGGUUUUGAUUUUCAAACCCCCGCGAUGAUGAAUGAAUUUGAUUUGGGUCAAGUCAGGCUUUCUCGCAGAAUUUUUUUUUUUUUUUUUUAUCUGAAAUGUUUCAAUUUUAACGUCUUUUGUAAAGAGGAAUGCUGACGUUGACUUCACGUUAUUGGAUCAUCAUCUAAUAAAAUGCACCUUGAGA